AAUAUCCUUCAUUUGGAAAAUAACCGAAAGAGUAAACAAGAUAACAACUUUUUUGGUAGCAGUGCAUUUAAUUUUAUAUCGUUUUUGUUUAUUGUACAGUACAGUUUACAAUUAUCUCCACUUAUAAUGAGUACCGCUGCAGAAAUUAAUGAAAUUUCUGAAAAUACAGUUUUGAAAAUUCAACAAGUAGAAAAACAAACAGUUCUAAAAUAUGUUAGAACAACACCUGCAGCAUAUGCUCCAGUUAAGGGUUCAGCUAGAUCAGCUGGAUUCGAUUUAAAAAGUAUAGAUGACUGUAUAAUACCAGCAAGAGACAGAAAUAUAGUAAAUACAGGUUUAAAAAUUCAAGUACCUAAAGGGUGUUAUGGUCGAAUUGCACCCAGAUCUGGACUGGCUAUAAACAAUUUCAUAGAUGUUGGAGCAGGAGUCGUAGAUGAAGACUAUAGAGGAAUAGUUAAAAUUGUUUUGUUUAAUCAUUCUGAGAACGAUUUUAUUAUAAAGAGAGGUGAUCGCAUCGCACAGCUGAUUUGUGAGAGGAUAUUCUAUCCUGAAGUGCAAGAAGUACAGAGCAUUUGUGAUACAGAAAGAGGAGAAGGAUCAUUCGGAUCUACUGGUAUAUAGCAAAUAUUAGAACAUUUCUCAUACAAGGUGUGGAGAUUUGGAUCUACAGACAUAUCAGUUUUCAUAUAAGAUUAUUGUAAAAAUAUAUGUGUUUAAAGUAAUCUUGUUUUAAAUUGUUAUUUAAAUAAGUACACUGUUCACUAAAAAUUAUAUUUUAGAUUCAUAGAAAUAUUGUAAUUUAUAUUUACAUAUCUAAAUUAUUGUAAAACUAAAUACUCAUUAUAAGUGGAGGUAAUAAAACACUUAAGCAAUUGGAAUAAUUAAUAUAAAAUAAACGUGUUUAGAAAAAUCCUGUUGUUAAUUAUUAUUUUAAUUGUUCUUAUUCAAAUAAGUACACUGUUGAGUAAAAUUCAUAUUUAGAUACAGAAAGAAAUACAGUAAUUUACAACAUUAAACUAUUGCAAAAACUAUAUUCA